CAGUCGCCUGAGACUCGGUCGCCUCAGGCUGCCGCCGCCGCCUAGAUCGCCUCAGACUGCCGCCGCCGACCCGACCGCCCCGUCACCACCCCGCGGCCCCGCCCCGGCCUCCCGCCGGCCGGCGAGGGGCACGCCCUCUGCCGCGGGACCGGUAGGGGCUCCACGACAAAGUCAGUCCUCCUAUAAAGCACCAGUUCCGGUUGUGAUGCUCUGAGUUACAUAAGUCUGAACAUUUGUGAUCUAUGGAUCUGCUCUGACUCUAAGAGCCUGCUUAUGGGGGAAGGUGACACCAUCUGGGCCCCAUCUGUCCUUCCUCACGGCACCCUUGGCACCUUAAGCCACUACCCCCAGCCGCAUUUUGGGAGAAAGAUGGAGUCCAAGGUCUCAGAAGGUGGCCUGAACGUGACCCUGACAAUCCGCCUGCUGAUGCAUGGAAAGGAAGUUGGAAGCAUCAUCGGGAAGAAAGGAGAAACUGUGAAAAAGAUGCGUGAAGAGAGCGGUGCGAGGAUCAACAUCUCAGAAGGAAACUGCCCAGAAAGAAUCGUGACCAUCACAGGCCCAACGGAUGCCAUCUUCAAGGCCUUUGCCAUGAUUGCCUACAAGUUUGAAGAGGACAUCAUUAACUCCAUGAGCAACAGCCCUGCCACCAGCAAGCCCCCAGUGACACUGAGGUUGGUGGUCCCCGCCAGCCAGUGCGGGUCCCUGAUUGGCAAAGGCGGCUCCAAGAUCAAGGAAAUCAGGGAGUCCACAGGUGCCCAGGUCCAGGUGGCUGGGGACAUGCUGCCCAACUCCACAGAGCGGGCGGUGACCAUCUCAGGGACCCCUGACGCCAUCAUCCAGUGUGUCAAGCAGAUCUGUGUGGUCAUGCUGGAGUCCCCACCGAAAGGUGCCACCAUUCCCUACCGCCCAAAGCCCGCCUCCACCCCUGUCAUUUUUGCAGGUGGUCAGGUAAGAGCCGACCCGCUCGCGGCCUCCACUGCCAACCUCAGCCUUUUACUGCAGCCCCCGCCGCUGCCCGCCUACACGAUCCAGGGACAGUAUGCCAUCCCCCACCCGGAGCAGUUGACCAAGCUCCACCAGUUGGCCAUGCAGCAAACCCCCUUUCCUCCCCUCGGACAGACCAACCCCGCUUUCCCCGGAGAAAAGCUGCCUUUACACUCCUCCGAAGAAGCUCAAAAUCUGAUGGGCCAGUCAUCAGGUUUGGACGCCAGCCCCCCGGCCAGCACUCACGAGCUCACCAUUCCCAAUGAUCUAAUAGGCUGUAUAAUUGGACGCCAAGGGACCAAAAUCAAUGAAAUUCGACAGAUGUCUGGAGCUCAGAUCAAAAUUGCCAAUGCCACGGAGGGGUCAUCAGAGCGCCAGAUAACCAUCACAGGGACCCCAGCCAACAUCAGCCUUGCCCAGUACCUCAUCAAUGCCAGGCUGACGUCUGAGGUCACUGGGAUGGGCGCACUCUAAUCCUGCCCAGCGUCCUCUACUCCGUGAACCCUGACCUCCACCCAGCUCGCACACUCUGUACAGACCGCCUGCCCUUCGUCCAUAUAUAAAUAGAGGUUUUCUUUACUAACAGAAGUAUCUAUGCCCUAGAGAUCUGCACACACCAACAAAGCCCGUCAAUACUCAUAUCUGUAUGUGAGGUCCGGGCUCUGUCCCUGAUUCUGCUCUGUACUUUAAUUUAUGCUCCGCUCUGUUGAUGCAUUGGCAUGCAGUGUUACUUAUUUUAAACGCUUUGGGGGCAUUCCCAUCUGUGACAUUCUAGAAACAUUGUUCUUUAGUGUCAGUGUACCUGUUUUAAGAGUUGGUUUGCCAUUUUGACAGCAUUUCCUCAGCGUCUCCUACGCCGUCUAGAACCGUGGUUGCUUUGAGCUGCUCCCCACUCACCUGCCCCACCUGCUGACCUUGUUCCCUCGCAGCCUGUGCUGGUCUUGGCUCACGUGUCCACGUGGGUCUUGUGCAGAGUGCGCCUUUCCCCUUGUGGCCAAGGAAGGAGAAUGGAGAGCGCAGGGUCCUGACCUGAGGCGCAGGGUGAAGUAGGGGUGCUGGGGCCCUGACUUCACAGGGACGUCACGUGCUGGGGAGGCACGCAUGGCCCCCGGGGGGCUUCUGGGGGCCUGGAGAGUGUGGAGUGGCCAGGAAGCGCCUAUACACCAUGUCAGAGUUCAAUAAAUGUCGUGGGCUGCCCCCACUG